UGAUCCAGAGCCAGCAGCACAGCGAUCACUGAUCACUGAUCACUUCCUGACCGAUAAUCACCGAUCAGCCUGCAGCAGACAUGAACUUCCUGAAAAAAGCCGCCGGAGGCGACGACUUCGCCAAAGUUGCCGGGCAGAAAGCAGGUGAGUUUGUGGAGCAAAAGGUGGAUGAGUUCGUGGGCGGAAAAAAGGGACCAAAGAAGCAGCCGCAGCAGCCGCAGCAGCCGCAGCAGCCGCAGCAGCCGCAGCAGCCGCAGCAGCCGCAACAGCCGCAGCAGCCGCAGCAGCCGCAACAGCCGCAGCAGGAGGAGAAGAAGAAGGGAGGAGAUGAAGGAUGCUUUGGUCUGGGAGACGCGCUGUAAUUUGAUGGCAACAAGGGCAGGAAGGAGGAAACGCAGCUGGUGGUCUGAAGGAAAAUGGAGGACGGAGUCAUCAUCAUCUUCAUCAUCUUCACCAGCCGUCUCUGCCUCAGACGUUUCUGAACUCGGCUCUUCUUGUUUCAUCUCUCUUCCUGCUUUAAACCCAGUAAGCCUCCCAGCGUCUUACUGGGAAUGUAACUGGCUUAAUAAAUUCUACAUUUGGACAUUUACUGGUCUGUUGUUUUCUGGAACCAAUAAACUGUCAAAUUAAAUAUAUUAAAAUAUAAAACUGA